CUGUGACGUCGUACGUACCCGGCAGUGAGAGUGGGAAGGUGAAGUGAAGCGUCUCUUCAGGUAAACAUGGCUCGUAGUUUACUCUGCAGAGCUGUCGGCGUGUUUCAGCUCAGCAGAACUUCAACACUACUAACCGGGACUCGUUUCUACUCUCAGACCGAACCGGAACCGCUGACGGUGAGACAGCAACACAACGGAAUCAGGAGGAUAAUAUUGAACAAUCCCAAGAAGAGGAAUGCUCUGUCUUUGUCCAUGCUGGAGUCCCUCAGAGAAAACAUCCUGACUGACGUCGACAGCGAUGAUCUCAGAGUUGUUAUCAUAUCAGCCAAAGGUCCAGUGUUUUCCUCUGGACACGACCUGAAGGAGCUGACGUCAGCUCAGGGCAGAGAAUAUCACACAAAGGUGUUUCACACCUGUUCAGAGGUAAUGACUCUGAUACAAGACAUACCUGUUCCAGUGAUCGCCAUGGUGAACGGCAUUGCCACGGCUGCCGGUUGCCAGCUUGUUGCCAGCUGUGACGUCGCUGUGGCGACAGAGAGGUCCACCUUCGCCACUCCGGGUGUCAAUGUGGGUCUGUUCUGCUCGACGCCGGCAGUGGCCAUCGGCAGAGCCGUGCCGAGGAAGGUUGCCAUGGAGAUGCUGUUCACAGGAACCCCCAUCUCAGCCCAUGAUGCUUUGCUGCACGGUCUGAUCAGUAAGGUGGUACCAGAAGAGCGACUUGAGGAGGAGACGUCGGCCAUCGCUCAGCGGGUGUGUCAGGCCAGCCGACCUGUUGUCGCCCUCGGCAAGGCCACUUUCCAGAGACAAAUGGCUCAAGGUCGAGACGCAGCGUACGCCACCGCCUCCAAGGUGAUGGUUGACAACCUGGCGCUAAGAGACGGACAAGAGGGGAUCAAGGCCUUCAUAGAGAAACGCAAACCAGUGUGGAGCAAUAAAGCAGAAAAAGCCCACGACUGAUGGACUGUUGACUUUAUCACAGGAGACAGUGAUUAUCAUGACUGGUUCAUGUGGUUUUCAGUCACUGGUGUGGAAUAAUUAGCACCAAUCCCAAGUCAAUGUAUGGGGCUACGCUACUUUUAAAAUGUGGCUGUGUAAUCUGCAAGAUCACUACGAUUGAAGUUUGAAUUGUUGACUUCAUGUUCCCUGAGGAUUUCCUUCUUUUCGCUGAAACUAAAGACGAGUAGCUGAACCAUGUUGUGCCUUGAAAGCUGCAGAUAAGAAGAAAUGCUCCGUUACCACCCAGAAGGCUCAAGAUGUUUAAUGACAUAAACAGCCUCAUAAAGCUAAAGAAUGCUGCUCUCUGUAUUUGUGUAAUUUAAAUGCAAUAAAUGGGGUUACAAAUUGGUA